UUGCGAAGUAUCGCGGGAGCAGCUGUCGGUCCCGGUGGGCAGCAUGGUGAAGCUCACGGCCGAGCUGAUCGAAUUGGCGGCGCAGUUCACCAACCCGGUGCGGGACCGGGAGCUCGACCUGCGGGGAUAUAAGAUUCCAGUUGUGGAGAAUUUGGGGGCGACUCUGGAUCAGUUUGACUCCAUUGAUUUCUCGGACAAUGAAAUUCGGAAAUUGGAUGGCUUUCCGCUGCUCCGGAGACUGAAGAGCCUCCUGCUGAACAACAACCGGAUCUGUCGAAUAGGUGAAGGCCUUGAGCAGGCCCUGCCAAACCUGCGGGAAUUGGUGCUCACCAACAACAACCUGCAGGAACUGGGGGAUCUAGAUACACUUUCAACCAUCAAGUCCCUCACAUUCCUGAGCCUUCUGAGGAAUCCUGUAACGAGUAAGAAGCAUUAUCGUCUUUAUGUAAUCCACAAAGCUCCACAGAUCAGAGUCCUGGAUUUCCAGAAGGUGAAGCUGAAGGAACGUCAGGAAGCGGACCGACUGUUCAAAGGCAAACGUGGGGCACAGCUUGCAAAGGAUAUAACCAAGAAAACAAAGACUUUCACACCAGGUGCAGGAUUGUCAGGGGAGAAGAAGAAAGCAGGCCCUUCUGGACCUGAAGUUGAAGCAAUUAAGAAUGCCAUUGCAAAUGCAUCGACUCUGGCUGAGGUGGAGAAGUUGAAAGGGAUGCUGCAGGCUGGACAAAUCCCAGGCAGAGACAGGAAGACUGGUCCUACAGAUGAAGUUGAGGAGGAAGAUAUGGAGACAGAUCCUGUUGCCAAUGGCAACUAAUGCUUCCCUUUGUUAAAGUUCCUUGUUCCACGGUCUCUGGUUUGGAGUUGAAAUCUUGAAUUUAGUGAAGUGAUGAGAUUUGAGCUUGUGUUAAUUUGUCAGUGGGAAGGUCUUUUCACCUGGAACCUCUAUUAUAUCCUGCUGCCAUCCAGCGCAGGGACCACUGUCUCUGCAAGUCAGCGCUCUGUGCGGGAAAGACUGGUUUGUGUUACUCUAACCAAGUAAUUCACUUCAAUUGUCCUCUUAAUUAUCAUGUUUGGGCUGUAUGUUUGCUUGUCAGAAUUUGGAUAAUAAACAUUUUUGGAAUUGU